AUGCAAAAGAAAGAUGGGAUUCAGUUUCAUCGCGGGUUACCGGACCCCCGUCAUUUGACCCAAUGGUUUGGCCGGACGCGCGGCGGGGUGCUGGUGUUGGACGAUUUGAUGGAAGAAGGGGGACAGGACAAACGCGUGUUGGAUUUGUUCACCAAAGAUUCCCAUCAUCGCAACAUCACCGUCUUGUAUUUGACGCAAGAUUUAUUCCCGCCUGGCAAAUUUUCCAAGACCAUUAAUCGCAACGCGCAUUACAUUGUGGCCUUCAAGAAUCCCCGGGAUCAAACGGGCAUACGCACCAUUUUACUGCAAGCCUUUCCCGACCGAUGGCGUCAAGUCUUGCGCCUAUUUAAACGCAUCACGUCCCGUCCCUUUGGCUAUUUGAUGUUGGAUGUGCAUCCGGCGUCGGAUGAUCGGUACCGCUUGUGGAGUCAUUUAACGCGCCGAGAAGGCAAGGCGCAAGUCCAUACCUUGCCCGUGGAUGUCCCUGCCGUUCGAAAACGAGCUGCAACGAGAACUCGCCAGGGUCCGUCGGCAAAGAGAAGGCGGACAACAACGUGACUUAUCGGUCCGCAUGGACACCUCGACCUUCUCGCCCGCCGGGGUGGGUUCGCCCACCGCCCCUCCCCCAGAUCUCAAUACCAUGACGGACAUGGUCGCGGAAUUGACCCAACCCGUGAAUCGAGCCCAAUUGGAUCAAGAGAUUGAGGAUUUUAACUUGACCUACCCGGUCAAUGUGGACGAUGCCUUGGAGGCGUUCACCUUACCCCCCGUGGCAGGCACAGGCACCACCACCACGGCACCGCCACCACCACCCACUAUCACCACCGCUCCCACCACGACAGCCACCCAAACCCGUCCCACCACGUCCACCCGCACACGCCCUACGGCCACCACCACCACCAGCUCCAGACGACCCAGACCACGCCCUGUCACCACCGCCACGACCACCACGGCUCCCUCCCGCCCCUCCACCGCCCGACGCAGUGCUGGAGCCGGCACCAGGACCACCACCUCCACGGUGACGACCCCGACGGGUCGUCCCACCGUGGCUGCCAAACAACCGCGACGACGUCCCCGCGUGCCCUCUCCACCGUCCCCCGAUUCCUCCCCUCCGUCGGAGGAUGAGGAUGAAGAUGAUGACGACGAGGAUCGACGGCGAGGCUUAAGGCGACGGUUGGAUUUGCUGAACGAAGAUGCGCAAGAACGGGCUCGAGGGAGACGCAUUCGCAAUAUCACGCAUACCAAUACCGUCACCACCGUGUAUGAAGAGGGAGGCCGACCUUCGGUACGUCGCACGUCCACGCGAACCUCCAGUCCAAGUCCGCCCCCUGCACCGCCCCGCCGAGGUCGUGGCCGUGGCCGUGGCCGAGCCCGUGGACGGGGUCGACGCCCGUGAACAAAAAGAUAUAAAAACAGGGGUCCUUCCUUCGACCGUCCCAAAACCAUGUGUGGCCGAUGUCGAAGUGGGAUGGCCCCUCGACGCAAACGCAAACGCACCACGACCCGACGUCGACCCCCCGCCAAACGACGAAGAGGUCAAGUGGGGGGUGUCGGGCCCGGUCUGCCUCUCGGGAUUCUCAAAGCCGGGUAUGGGAUCACCAAAGCCAUUGGGGAUCAUCAAACCAAGCGUGCCAUUGCCAUUGGCGAAAAACGCCGACGAGAAGUGGCAUCCGGCAAACGGAAACGCUAUGCGGGGGAAUCGUUUAAUUGUUCCAUCAUGUGAAAAAAAUAGUAUAAAAGACAAGAGGCGUGUCUUUCGUUGGACAGACAAGGGAUUAUCAUGCAUUGUUGUCCACGACGACGAACACGACGCCGACAGCAACGAGGGGGUAUUCUCCCGCUCCUCCUCCCUAUUGCCGUCGGUGCAGCCAUCGCCUUGAAAAAAAAGAAAAAGAAAAAAGUGGGCAAGAUCAGUGCCAAGCAACAGGCAUUCAUUCAACGACGGGUUCAGCGGAUGUUAGGUCGAACGGGGUGGGGCGGGUUUAAAACACUGAGAAAGCUAUAAAAGACACGCUGGGUAGGGACCCAGACAUUAUUGGAGGAUGGUCCGUGGACCCAAUGGACGCCGACACCGUUAUGUCCCCCGAAAACGACGCCGUCGACGUGGUCUGCAACGCGGAGGUAGGCUACCGUUGUUGGCAAUGGCUCUCUCGCCUUUGUGGCUCCGAAAAUACAACCCCAGGGUCCGUGUUCGUCGACCGGACUAGACCCCCCCGUAAGGCCAUCACGUUGACGUUAGAGUGGACGGAGGAGAUCGAGGCCGCGUUGUGUCAGCGAUGUCGACGUCAUAUGCAACGGCAUUAUCAUGGGGCACUGUGUCGUUCAUGUGGGGCCCAAUUUACCAUAAAUAGAGCGGGGUCGUGGCAAUUCCUCAACCUUCAGCAUGGCGUGGCGCAUGGAACGUCAAGCCCCGUUCUUGAAAAGUGUCUUACAAGAAGCCAAUCAACAUAAACGACAAGAAUUGUUGCGGAUGGCGAAUGCGGAUCAGAUCAAUGCCAUCAGUGAAUUGGUGAUGAACACGCUCCGUGGCACCGUGCCCCGCUCUCGACAUACCAUCACGUUGCUCAAACCCCACGCCCAGAGUUUACGCGCCAUGGCCAAACCCGCGCAUUCGGUGAAACGACGGCGCGCCAUCAUGAUGGCUCAAACCGGCGGCGCCCUCUGGCCUGAACUCUACCGAUGUUAUAAACGUUGCAUGCGCUAGACAAGACACCUCAGUUGCACUAUGGAACCCGAGAUGGUGAGCACCACGGUGGACAACGCCCCUGCUUUUUUACAAUUAAAAGAGAAGUACAAACAAGAAUUGGUGGAAGAUACUCGCUUGAGUAAAGCCGCGGAUUUGGCGGCCAGACAACAUGUCCUCCUGACCAGCGAGGUCCCCGAUGCCUGGAAACGGCCGCAACUCAAAGCCGUUAGCCGUCAGUUACGCCAUUGGACCAAAAAAGUGCGUCAACCCUUUGGAGCGCCAGCGGGGGGUGUGCGCGCCGCAGGGGCCACCACGCCCGGAGAGGAUGAUGAUUUUGAGGCGGGGCCUAUGCAAGCGUGGUUCACGCAGUUGGUCAAAGCCACCCAGGGUAUAAAACAAGGCUCCACGCCGAGUGGACCCAGAAAACCACCUGUCCCGCCUAAACCGAACAUCACCCCGAGUGCCAAAAAGAAACUCAAGUUUACGCCCCAGGUGAGCAGUGCCGAGUUGGCACACGAGCUGCCCUUUUCAGAGGAGCCUGGCACAGAACCCUGGGAUACCCCCAGUGAACGUGUGGACUCUAUCAAGAAAGCGGUCAAGCGCGGGAUUCGCAAAAAAGCCGCCGGGGUCGCCAAAAAGAAAGCCACCAGUCUGGCCAAGAAAGCCUUGGAUUGGAAAUCGUGGAAAACCCCGUGA